AGCCAAAGCUCUUUAAAUGAGCCCCAUAAGCCUUACACAACUCAUUACUUACCACACAAACUUCAGAAACAAAAAAAAAAAACAGAAGGAUGAUGAUUCCGAACCAAUCUUUUUUCUUCAUCUUCUUUCUUUCCGUUAUAUUCAACACUCUUGCUUCUCCUACGCACCAAAGGGAUGCUCUUUUGGAGUUCAAAAAUGAGUUUCCGUUCAAUGCAUCAGACCCACGUGCUCCUUCUGAAGCCCCUUUAAGUUCGUGGAACACAAGCAGUGAUCACUGUUCCUGGAAAGGUGUCACAUGCAACGCUCAUUCCAGUGAGGUGAUAUCACUCGUCCUUGAGUACACCUAUCUUAAUGGCUCUUUGAAAUCAAACACUAGUCUUUUAAAACUCCAUCAUCUUCACCACCUAACCCUUUACAGUUGCGAUCUCAUAGGAGAAAUUCCUUCUUCACUAGGAAACCUUUCUCAUCUCAGGCAUCUUAACAUUUCUGAUAACAAUUUCUUGACAGGUGAAAUUCCAUCCUCUAUAGGAAACCUUUCUCAUCUUAGUUUUCUUGACCUCUCUCAUAAUGACUUAGGAGGUAAAAUUCCAUCUUCCCUAGGAAACUUGUCCCGUCUCACAGUUCUUGAUCUUAGUGACAAUAAUGGCUUGAUAGGUGAAGUUCCGCCUUCAAUUGGCAAUCUAAACCAGCUAAAAAUUAUCAGUUUUUACUCGAAUAAACUGAAUGGUACCAUCCCUAGUUCAUUUGCCAAUUUCAACAAGCUGUCCUAUUUACUUCUCACAGGUAAUCAAUUCUCCAGUGGAGAUUUACCUCUGAUACUAUCAAAUUUAACCAGCUUGUCCUAUUUUGACAUUUCCGAUAAUCACUUCAAAUCCAAGCUUCCAUCUAACAUGAGUGGACUCCAUAACUUGGAGGUAUUUAGAGUGAAUAGUAACUCUUUAAUCGGGACUUUCCCUACAUCUCUGUUUACGAUUCCUUCCUUAAGAGUGGUUUCUUUGAGUGAAAACCAAUUAGAGGGACCCUUAGAGUUUGGGAAUACAUCCUCAGCUUCUGAGUUACAAUAUCUAGACCUAGCUUCUAACAACCUCUACGGACCAAUCCCUGAAGAUAUAUCUCGAUUUCUCAAACUAGAGUUUAUAGAUCUUAGCAAUAACAGUUUCACUGGGCUAAUCCCUGGAUCUAUGCCUGAAUUAGUCUCCCUCAAGAUUCUAGAUCUCUCCUACAAUAAGUUGGAAGGUCAAGUACCAAGUUUCCUGUGGAGGAUAUCUCAGUUGACGCUUUCUCAUAAUUUUUUCAGUAGCUUCGAGGAAUUACCGCAAGCUGUCGUCAGUGGAAGUGACUCUGAUCUUAUUUCAAAUUCAUUCCAAGGACCAGUCCAAUUUGAUCUUGGUUCAAAUGCACUCCAUGGAUCAUUACCCCGUUGGAUCUGUAAGCGUGCAUCAUUGAUCUUCUUGGAUCUGUCAAACAACCAUCUCUCUGGUUCCAUUCCUUCAUGUUUGAUGAAUUGUACUGCUUCUCUUGGCGUUAUAAUUCUAAGAAACAACAACUUGAGUGGAUUCCUUCCAGACAUCUUUACCAAUGCCACCAAGUUACGGUCGCUAGACGUUAGCCGUAACCAGUUAUCGGGGAAGCUUCCAAAAUCUUUGAUCAACUGCACGUCUAUGGAAUAUCUGAAUCUGAAAGGAAACAAGUUCAAGGACACCUUUCCAUCUUGGUUGAGUUCUUUGGGAUCAUUAAGUGUUUUGUUUCUCGGAUCAAAUGCAUUUUAUGGUCCAGUCUCGUCACAUUUGGGGUUUCCGAGUCUGCGAGUCAUUGACCUAUCGAACAAUAGCUUCAGUGGAACACUGCCACAAGAUUAUUUUGUGAACUGGCGUGAAAUGGCAUCAGUGGGGGAAAAGGAAAGUGUACUGACUAGUGACGGCAUAGACACAUUUAUGUCACACAUGGGCGAACUAAGCAUGUAUGAGGAUUCGAUGGAUAUGAUGUAUAAAGGUGUAGAUACAGAGUUUCCAAAGAUCUUAUAUAUGUUUAAAGCCAUCGAUUUUUCUGGAAACAAAUUUACGGGACGGAUCCCUAAAUCAAUUGGCAUGCUAAAGGAACUGCUUCAUGUCAAUUUUUCAAGAAAUGCAUUUACAGGCAGUAUCCCAUCAUCCUUGGCAAAUAUAACAAAUCUAGAGGCACUAGACCUCUCUCACAACAAGCUUUCGGGUAAUAUUCCUCGGGAUCUUGCCAACCUCUCCUUCGUGUCAUACUUGGACUUCUCCCACAACCUUCUCCAAGGUCCUGUUCCAAGAAGCACUCAGUUUCAAAGGCAACAUUGUUCUUCAUUCGAGGACAAUCUUGAACUCUAUGGUCUUGAGGAAAUUUGUGGACCGAUCCAUGUUCCUCAUCCUACAUCGGGGGAUUCACAUCAAUCCGAAGAGUCAGAAGAAACGUUGAGCUGGAAAGCUGCUGCAAUAGCCUUCGGACCAGGUAUAUUCUGUGGAUUGGUGAUCGGAUAUAUCUUCUUCACUUCACACAAACAAACACAUAUGGUUCAUGGAAAAGAUCGGUUGAACCAUCUCGGUGGCAUCAUCACUGUUCGUUAAAUACUGUCUCCUUCAACGUUGUUUCUUUAAAUGUCUUGUAAAUCUGUACUCCGAUGAUUGGUUGGUCAAAGUGUUGUGUUUGUACUUUUGGUUCUAUUAUACAUUGUUGGUGUUUUUGUUGUAAUGCUGUAAAUUUUAAGUUGUAUUGCUUUUAUAACACCUUGUACUAUCUU